AUGAGCGUGCUGACAAAGAACCUACAGCUGAAACAGGGUGAGUUGCCGGAGAAGAUCGAGCGGUCGAGUCCGCUCUACAAGCUGCUGCCGGUGCUCGACGAGGAUGGUGUUCUGCGCGUUCGUGGAAGGCUGGAGAAGAACGAAUCGAUCCCGUUCGACAAGCGAUUCCCGAUCAUCCUGGGUCGAAAACACGCCGUCACCAAGAAGAUCAUCCAGCACUACCACGAGAAGUACGGUCACGCGAAUCGGGAGACCGUGUUCAACGAGCUGCGUCAGAAGUUCUGGAUUCCGAACGCACGGGCCGCGAUCCUGGAGGUGGUCAAGGAGUGUGUGUGGUGCAAGGUGAACCGUUGCGUGCCGUUCGUCCCAACAAUGGCGCCGCUUCCGGUCGAACGCACUGCAGCAACCAUGCGACCGUUCAGCGCGGUGGGCGUCGAUUACCUGGGACCGGUCGAAGUCACGGUGGGUCGCCGCAGAGAGAAGCGCUGGAUCGCCGUCUUCACGUGUCUAGCGGUCAGGGCGGUGCAUCUCGAAGUGGUCCAUAGCCUCACCACGCAAUCGUGCCUGAUGGCCCUCCGGAGGUUCGCGUGCAAGCGAGGCGUUCCCGAGAAAGUGUUCUCCGACAAUGCUACGUGCUUUCGGGGAGCGGACGCGGCGAUGACGAAGGCGAUCAACAAGGAGUGCGCGGAGCAGAUGACGUCGGCGACCACUGCAUGGUCCUAUAUCCCACCUGGGACGCCCCACAUGGGCGGGGCCUGGGAACGGAUGGUGCGAUCGGUGAAGGAGGCGUUGCGCGCACUCGACGACGGACGAAAGCUGACCGACGAAAUUCUCUCCACAUCUUUGGCGGAGGCCGAAGACAUGAUCAACACUCGGCCUUUGACGUACGUCCCUCAAGAGUCCGCUGAAGAAGAAGCCAUCACGCCAAACCAUUUCCUGCGCGGGACGGUACCGAGCGCGGACCUCAAGCUGGACGAGACGGUGGACACCGCUGCAGCACUACGAGACGUGUACAAGCGAAGCCAGCAGCUGGCGGGCAAGAUGUGGGAGCGGUGGUCGAAGGAGUACCUGCCCUCGCUGAACCGGCGUCCAAAGUGGUUCGAGGAUCGCAAGCCCCUCGAAGCGGGUGACCUGGUGUUCGUGGUCGACGGCAAGAACCGGAAGAGCUGGGUACGAGGUCGAGUGGUCAAGGUGUUCAGCGGGUCAGACGGACGUGUUCGGCAAGCGGACGUGAGGACAGCAGACGGGAAGGUCAACAGGAGAGCAGUGGUUAAUUUAGCGGUGUUGGAGAUCAGGGACGGUAAGUCCGACGCGCCGGAAGGCCCGACGGACCUUACGGGCUGGGGUGUUGCCACCGCUGGGAUGGGCACACUGGCCGACGGUGCAACGCCGGCGGUGUAAUCAGCCGAUACCGUCACAGCUGUCAACGCGCGCAAAGAGGACAGAAAAAGUGUGUGUGUGGCCUCCAGUGUAAACACGCGCGCUGUUCGUUCACCAUUUUUCACCUGGGAGAGUGCAGACGUUUUGGACGAGUUGGAGGAGAUUUUGCGGAUUAUUAAGGAGGAAAAGUAAGAGUUGUAGUUUUAAUAUUGAAAUUUAUUGAAACAGUGCAACGUAGAAAACCUGUAAGUAGAAGAAAACAAAAUUAGUGCAGUUUAAGAAGAAUUUAAACACUAGAUACUUACCAACAGCGAAAAGGUCCCGCGAGCUGCUCUGCCGUUUCGCACCGUCACUUGGGGCGAAUCUGUACUUCGGUGAUCCGAAGAGUGCAAAGAAGGAAAGUUAGGAAGAGGAAGAGGAGGAGUUGGAAAGGAAGAGGAAACGCUAACGUAGGAAAGGAAACCAAUUAACUGCUCGAAGAGCUGCUGAACAAAAAGUUGGGGUUUUAUUUACCGACCACCCGAACA